UCAGCGAGCGGGGAAGAAACAUUGGACCAAUCAAGCAGCAAGAGAUGUUUGCCUGGCGCAAUGUUGACGAAUCCGGUUGCAGGUUGUGGUUGCCAGUGUUGACCAAUCGGAGGCGCGCUCGAUCUCCAGCUCGAGCUGAACGAGUUCGGUCCGGCGACAGGAAAAAGCGGCGGGGGAGGAGGCAAUUGAAAACCGCCGUUACAAACCUGCUGAAAGCAAGAGGAAAACCUGCAGGAAAGUAAUCGGACAAGGGGCGUUCACCUCAUAAAAUUUAACUUCAGAUCUUUUGCAGGGCUCAAAGUUGUUGGAGAUUAUGUUUCUUUUAAAACGUGUUGGAUAUACCAAUGUAAAUCUGUAUCUACGUGUGUGGUGAGAACGCCUCUGGUCUCGCGCCACUGUCACAUAAAAGUUCAAACUUUGCUAAAUGCAGCUCUUCCAGUUGGGGAAUAAAUUGAAUAUAUUCAAGUAAAGUUUGAAAGCUACUUCAGUUAUGAGUUGAAACUUUAAAAUGGUUUUCAGCUUUGGGGAUUUUAUCCCGUCUCCGCAUUGUUGACAAAAGCCAACAACCAUUCAAGUGAUAAUCAAGUUUGCUUUUUAUAUAAAAAAAACAGACCGUUGGAGUUAAUUAUCAACCAGGUACUGCAAGCGCCUGGUUGGAAGUUCAGAGGGAUUCAUUAUUGCUGUCUGGAGUUUCCUCGCUGUGUGUGUUUCGGAAAGUAACCACGAAAUAAGGAUAAAGAGGAUUGGGAAGAAAACGCCUCCAUUUAUUUACACCUCUGCGUUCUCCUCCCAGGAGUGAAGGCGGCCUGUUGGAACAGAGUGACGCUGUUCCCAUCAAGGAAAUCCGGACUUUGGGAAGAGAGACUGAUCCGAUCCGAGCCCUCUAUAAGAAAGCGGCAAUCAUUAGCAGGCGGCAAGAGAUUAAAACAAACCCGACCCUCCUCCCUAGGGCAACCAGCCAAAAAACAAAACAACUCAGCCAGCGGCUCGGAAGAGACCUUCAUCCAGUUUAAUAUAUUCAUACAUUGAAAAUAUAUUAGUAAAUGCCAAAGCGUAUCGAUUGAUAGAGAGCGAAUUGAUUGCACGAAUCGAGGCGAUCAACAGAUGAUGGGAGACGCGAGUUGUGGGCUGGUCGAUGCUCAGGUCAUCACUGGAUUACUGGUUGAUGUUGAUCGCUAUUCAGAGGUGAUUUGUACUCCAAAGACUGGAAGCAAGGGCCCGCAAACGCUGAUCGGUGAUUCCAGCAGCAGGAAAAGACCGCACUCUGGGGCUACCAGCUAUGAACUAAUUGUAAACCCAGCCACAUCUGUAAUCAAUCAUCCGAAGGAUCGAUGCCAAAGGAGAGCCCUGCAGGGACCGACAGGGAGCCUUUUUCACUCGAGAGGAAUCAAUGAGCAAGGAUUGAUCCAGCGUUCGAAUCCCUCCCAUAAUCAGUCGAUCGGAAUUGCCAAAGAAAUCGGGACUACAGACUAUACAAUCAAUAACCAAAGGAAAAUGAAGCAAGGGCCUUGUUUGAAAGAUAUUAUCGAUAAGAAGAUUGAAAAUCGAAGUGAUGAAAUUAAUGCAUUUAUCAUAGGACCGAAAACGGGAGUAUUCCGAAGAACAGUUGGAUUUGCUAGUGCGAGAAGAAACUUUAAUUUGUUUGGAUGUUUUGGUCGAUUGUGGACGUUAGUACUGUUUCACAUCCACGUGCUACAGACCCUGGCUCAAGAUGAUGUUCCACCAUAUUUUAAAACUGAGCCAGGACCACCACAGAUUCACUUGGAGGGGAAUCGUUUGGUCUUAACAUGCCUGGCAGAGGGAAGUUGGCCACUUGAAUUUAAAUGGUUACGAAAUGAUACAGCAAUCACAGCAUUCUCUCCCGAGUACAGGUAUGUUAUUUCAUCCCUCCAGCGCUCAGACACUGGGUUUUACCAGUGUAUUGUGCGGAACAGACGUGGAGCACUUUUACAGAAGAAAACACAAGUACAAGUUGCAUACAUGGGAAAUUUUGAAGGAGGCAACAAACGGAUUACAGUGUCGCAGGGUCAGGCUGCUGUGCUAAAAUCUCCAGACAUCAGCAGCUACCCACAACCACAAAUGACAUGGUUUCGUGAUGGCCAAAAGAUUAUCCCAAGCAACAGAGUAGCUAUAACUCUCAACAAUCAGCUGGUGGUGCUUUCAGCAACUGCAGCAGAUGCAGGAAAAUACUAUGUUCAAGCAGUCAACGAAAAGAAUGGGGAAAACAAGACCAGUCCAUUUAUCUACCUGAGCAUUGCAAUAGAUAAGACAAAUCACCAAUACUCUGAUACUGAGGAUCCAGCAGACCCUGUGGCACCCACAAUUGUUGUUCCUCCAAAAAACACGAGUAUAGUAGCUGGCACAAGUGAAGUUACUCUGGAAUGUGUUGCCAAUGCAAGGCCUGUGGAGAGACUGAGUAUUACCUGGAGGCGAAGCGGUGUGAAACUAAUGAAUGGAAUCAGUAUAUUUGGAAGGCGAUUGACAAUCUUAAAUCCAACUUCAGCUGUUAUUGGCAUGUAUGAGUGUGAAGCUACAUUACAGAGCAGUAGCGUUGUUCCUGUAAACGCUCAUGCCUACCUGUCCAUUAUAGAACCACCAUAUUUUACCGCAGAACCUGAACGGAGAAUUCAGGGUGAAGUAGAAAAAACUGUUGAUAUUCCAUGUCGAGCAAUGGGUAUACCUUUACCUAGUCUGGAAUGGUACAAAGAUUCAAUCCCAAUAAUAAUGUUGAACAACAGCAGAUAUAAAGAAAUGGUAAGUGGGAUCCUGCAGAUCCAGAGGCUGGUCCCUGAAGACUCAGGAAUAUUCCAGUGUUUUGCUAAGAAUGAAGCAGGGGAUAUUCAAACACCUUCAUAUCUCACUGUUACAAACAUUGCACCAUCUUUCAUUCGAGCUCCAUCAGACACUGCAGUGACAGAUGGAACAGCAGCAGUUUUACACUGUGAAGUUUCAGGAGCACCAAAACCGCGCAUUACAUGGAAAACAGGCACUAAGAUAUUGGCAAGUGGUUCAAUACAAAUUCCACGGUUUGUACUUUUGGAGUCAGGCGGACUACUGAUAAAACCAGCCCAUACUGAAGAUGCAGCAGCAUAUACCUGCUUUGCAGCGAAUUCCAAAGGAACAGUGAAUGCAUCAGCUGAGCUUACUGUGUGGACUCGUACUGUUAUCUCCAUCCCACCCAAAGACCGCAGUGUAAUCAAAGGAACAACAGCAGUACUAAUUUGUGGAGCAUCUCAUGAUCCCAGGGUCACAAUCCGGUUUGUCUGGAAGAAGGAUGGAAAUAUUAUUGAUGCAAAUGCUCUACCCAGAAUUACCAUAGGGCAAAAUGGCUCACUUCAUAUCAGUCAAACUUGGUCAGGUGAUAUUGGUGACUACACCUGUGAGGUUCUGUCCUUGGGAGGAAAUGACUUCAGAACUGCCCGCCUGGAAGUCAUUGAACUUCCUCACCCACCCAGAAAUCUGCAAGCAAGUUUAAACUUAUCAAGCAGCCGGGCAGUGGAUUUAUCUUGGACGCGGCCCUUUGAUGGAAACAGCCCCAUAUUACACUACAUUGUGGAGUUAUCUGAAAACAAUUCACCAUGGACAGUACAGUUACCCAACAUUAAUCCAGGAGUGAUGCACAUUACUGUGCAUGGGUUAACACCAGCCCGGUCAUACCAGUUCCGCAUGUGCGCAGUGAACCAGCUAGGAAAAGGACAGUACAGCACAGAAACCAACAGGAUGCUGUUACCUGAAGAAUCACCUGGUGCCCCUCCUCAGAAUAUUAUGGCCAGUGGUCGAACAAACCAAUCCAUAAUGGUACAGUGGCAGCCUCCCCCAGAGCAGGAGAUUAAUGGGGUUCUUAAAGGAUACAUUCUCAGGUAUCGACUUGCAGGCCUUCCAGGUGGAUACCAUUAUAAGAAUAUCACUAGCCCUGAAGUGACCUAUUGCCUAGUGAAGGACUUGAUCAUAUGGACCCAGUAUGAAAUUCAAGUUGCAGCAUACAAUAGUGCUGGGCUUGGUGCAUUCAGCAGAGCAGCAGCUGAGUACACACUGCAGGGAGUGCCAACAGCACCCCCACAGAAUGUCGAAGUUGAAGCUGUGAACUCCACUGCUAUCAAAUUUAUGUGGGAUCCUCCUCCUCAGCAGUUCAUAAAUGGUAUCAACCAAGGUUACAAGCUCCUUGCCUGGACUAUUGACUCACCAAAUACAAUUGCAGUGAUGACCAUCACCCCUGAUUUCCAUGGAACACGCCAUGAAGGAAUUUUUACAGGCCUCAGAAAGUUCACAAAAUACUACACAUCUGUAUUGUGUUUUACAACGCCAGGUGAUGGCCCAAAGAGUUCUCCCCAACUCAUUCAGACCUGUGAAGAUAGACCGGGAGCUGUUGGGCACUUGGGUUUUGCAGAAAUACUUGAUACCUCUUUGAAAGUCAGCUGGCAAGAACCACAAGAAAAAAAUGGGAUCCUCACAGGUUACCAGAUUUCCUGGGAAAUAUACAACAAAAAUGAAAGUCGUAUGAGCCGCAAAUUGUCAAAUACAACACAAGAGUACAAAAUAACAGGACUGAGUUCCCUUACCACCUACACUAUUGAAGUGGCAGCCAUGACAUCAGUGGGCAUUGGAGUACUAACUUUAUCUACCAUCUCUUCUGGAGUCCCACCAGAACUCCCAGGUGCUCCAUCUAAUCUUGUGAUCUCAAAUAUCAGUCCUCAAUCAGCCAUGCUGCAGUUCCGGCCAGGGUAUGAUGGGAAAACAUCCAUCUCAAAAUGGAUUGUGGAAGGGCAGAUUGGAAUGAUUGGAGAUGAUGAAGAGUGGGUUGUACUGUACGAAGUAGAGAAUGAACCAGAUGCCCAGAUGUUAGAAAUCCCAAAUUUGAUGCCAUAUACAUACUACAGGUUUCGAAUAAAACAGCUGAACAUAGUUGGCUCUAGCCCCGUAAGUUUGCCUUCCCGUGUAAUUCAAACUCUGCAGGCUCCACCAGAUGUAGCACCUGGUAGUGUCACGGUGCGAACAGCAAGUGAGACCAGCUUAUGGGUUCGCUGGGUGCCUAUUCCAGAGUCUGAAUAUAAUGGUAACCCUGAAUCGGUUGGAUAUAAAAUCAAGUAUUGGCGACUGGAUGGUCAGGGUAUGCCUGUACGUCAGAUAAUUAAUGAUCGCUUGGAGCGGGAGAUCACAAUUGAAAACCUAGAGGAAUGGAUUGACUACGUAGUCCAGAUCCAGGCUUUUAAUGCCAUUGGUUCAGGACCUUGGAGCAUCCAAGUCCGAGGGCGUACAAGAGAAUCAGUUCCAUCAGCUGCACCGGGAAAUAUUACAACAGAGGCUGUGAGCUCCACACAGAUACUGGUCAUGUGGGGACCAGUCCCAGAUUCUGAGCAAAAUGGACUGAUCCUGGGAUACAAGAUCCUGUACCAAGAGAAAGAUUCUGAAUUAAGUAUUUGCACUCAUCUUGUGAAAGGAAAUUUUACACAAUCUGUUGUCCUAAAUGAUCUGAGGAAGUAUAGUCCAUAUGAGAUUCAAGUUUUGGCAUUUACCAGAAUUGGGGAUGGAGAGACAAGUUCACCACCUGUAAUAGAAAGAACAAAAGAUGAUGUUCCAGGUCCUCCUGUAAGAUUGUUAUUCCCAGAGGUCCAGUUGACAUCAUUGAGAGUUGUCUGGCAGACACCCGAAAACCCCAAUGGCAUCAUCCUAGGUUACCGGAUAUCUUACCGUUUGGCAACUGCUGAACCAAAUAGGUUCAUCACCACAGAGGUCAGUUCCAAUGUCCGACAGUAUUCUGCAACAAAGCUGAUACCUGAAUCUCCAUAUGUCUUCCGUAUUUCUGCAAAGACACGUCAGGGGUGGGGCGAGUCAGUGGAGGCAAUUGUGAUCACCACUGAAACUAGAGACCGCCCACAACCAGCCAUCAAUCUGUCAGUACCUCAGUCUGAAAUUCGAGGUCGAAGUUUGCUGUUGCAAUGGAAACCAGGGAGUGAUGGGUCAUCACCAAUCCGCUACUUCACGGUGCAAACAAAGGAACUACCUAACAGGACUUGGCAGACACACACCUCUUCAAUUAGUCAUGAUGCUACGUCAUAUGUUAUAGACCGCUUAACGCCUUACACUUCCUACCAGUUACGAAUAAUGGCGACUAAUGAUAUUGGAGACAGUGUUUAUAGUGUACCAACAGAGCCAGUGACAACACUGCAGGAUGUUCCCAGUGAACCACCAGUUAUUCUCUCUGUGAUUCCACGCACCACUACCUCCGUUCUUGUUCAGUGGAAGUCACCAGAGGAAGAAGGUUUAAACGGCAUAUUGUUGGGAUUUCGGAUUUACUACAGGGAGCUUGUGUAUGAGGAUAUGCCACGAUUCAACAUCCAGUCCACUGGGGAUCCUUCUUCACUGCAGACAGAGUUAGCUCCUGAGAGUAGCUUCAAGACAGUGAACAGCUCCACAGUAACAGAGUUCGAGCUAACACAUUUAAAGAAGUACACAAGAUAUGAAAUUCUAAUGAAAGCAUUUAAUGUAGUGGGUGAGAGUCCUGCUAGCAGUCCGAAAGAGGUCUACAUUGGAGAAGCAGUCCCUACAAGAGGUCCUCAGAAUAUAAAGCUGCAUCCUCUCUCAGCAACUCGAUUGGAAGUGACAUGGGAUCCUCCUCCAGCAGAGUCCCAGAAUGGCAAAAUACAGGGGUAUAAGAUCCACUAUUGGCAGCUUCAAAAGCAGAACGAAACACAAAAAGUGAAGAUCCUCUUUCUCCCAGAGAACAUUGUCCGCUUAAAAAACUUAACCAGCUAUACAGUUUAUGUGGUUAGUGUGUCAGCAUUCAAUGCUGCUGGAAAUGGACCCGGGAGUGAACCAGUUGAGGGAAGGACACAUCAGGCUGCUCCAAGUGCGCCCAGUUAUAUUACAUUUACAGAAGUUACCUCCACUACAUUGAAAGUGUUUUGGGGAGAGCCAGCAAUGCCCAAUGGAGUUCUUGAGGGAUACAGAUUGGUUUACGAACCAUUGGAAUCAGUACAAGGUGUGAGUAAAGUGGUGACAGUCGACCUGAGAGGCAACAAUCAACGCUGGUUGAAGGUUCGGGAUUUGUUCAAGGGGGUCCCUUACACCUUUCAUGUCCAAGCCAGAACCUACACCUUCGGCCCUGAGAUAAGGGCUAAUGUUACACCAGGACCAGAAGAAGGUUCCCCUGGUCCCCCGCUGAACCCCUCAAUUAGUGAAACUGCCUCUACACUCACUGUUCAUUGGACACAGGGUUUGCUUGGAGCGGGACCAAUACAAGGCUAUGUAAUUGAAGCACGACCCUCAGAUGAAGGUUUGUGGGAUACAUUUGUGAAGGAUAUACCUGGUGAUGUGACAUCCUAUGUAGUUAGUCGGGAUCAGCUAAAGCAAGGAGUGAGCUAUGAAUUUCGGAUUAUCGCGGUUAAUCAAUUUGGAUAUGGUGAACCAAGCACAGCAUCCAUUGUAACAUCAGCUCAACUGGGAAAACCUCCAUUUUAUGAAGAGUGGUGGUUUCUGGUAGUGAUGGCUCUCUGCAGCCUUAUUCUCAUUCUGCUCAUGGUAUUUGGACUGAUCCUACAUGGACAGAGCAAGAAGUACAAGAACAAUACUGGUAAAAGUAGUACAAAUGUGGAAGAAACUCUCACCUUAGAUAAUGGAGGAUUUACUUCACUGGAACUGAACAGUAGACAUUUAACUGUCAAGAGCAAUUUCUGUAAGAAGAAUGGCAGCAAUGUAGGUGACAUAGCUAUACAGGAACAACUUAUUCUGGAGCACAAAAGUCUUCAGCACUGUGGACAGGAUAUUGUUGGGGCUUCUACUCGCUGUGCUCAGCUACUGCAUGAUAUCACUUGGAUCAAGAAAUUUCUGUUUCCACCGAGGCCCAGUCCAGGAGGGUUACGCUAUUCUGAUGAGGAUUUAUGUAAUAACUACAAUGGAAUUGUGCUAACAGAGAGCACAACUCUGACAGAGAAACCCACUGAAAUAUCAGAGUCAGAGGCUACUGACAGUGAUUACGAAGGUGAAUUGCCAAAAAGCACACACUCAUUUGUAAACCACUAUAUGAGCGAUCCAACCUACUUCAACUCAUGGAAGAAACAGCCCAAAGGCCUUCCAAGAGCUUCUGCCUACAGUUAUGAGGAAUGCACAGAUGGUGAACAGGAACCAUACUAUCCAACUGUGAUCACAACACAGAGUACAGGGGGUGCCUACACUCCCACAGGGCAGCCUGCUUCAGGAGCACGGACUCCUGUGACUGGGUUUUCUUCCUUUGUGUGACCAUUCAUUAUGAACAAAGUAAGGCAAUUUCUGAAAUAUUGCUUACUCAAUGGACCAACGUGCUGGAUGAAGUGACACACAAUCACAGUGCAGAAGAAGGCUAUCUAAUGGAAAUUGUCAUCUUCAUAGCUGCCUAAAAAGUGCCUUUUACAUGUUAGUAACUUGAUGAUACUAAUACAGCAGUGGUGUUUAUAAAAUCUGUUUUCCAAUCAUUUGAAUGAGAAAUAGAAACAGAUUCUAUGAACAUUUUUCUCUUGUCCUUAUUCCAAAGUUAGUACAGAAAUGGUGGUAUCGCUGCAUUAUAUCCCUUAUUUUGUGGAAUGAUGAAAAUUAUCAUGAAACAAAUUAUUUUUAAACUUCCAACCAGACAUAAGGAAUUAUGGCUUCUUCUGUCUGAAAGUCAAGUUUCUGACAUAACAGCAUAAAACUGAUGUUUCAGAGGAAGACCCAGAUUGAACAGAAUCACUUUGUGCUCCAGCAAAUUGUUAAGGCUGCUCAUGUCCCCACUGCACGAAAAGGCAUGUUUCAGGCAGCUUAUAUCAUUGCCUUCUAGUUUCAUUGCAACUUCAGUGCUGUGAAAUUAGCGAACCUACAGUUCCACCACCAACAAAACAACUGAAAGAAAUAGAAACAUUUUAAUUAUUUUCUAACUUUUGAAAGCAUUCUCUGAAGAAACUGCUGAUUCUUUAGAAAAUGUAAACAGUUGGAAGGAGUUUGGGUUAACUUGCUGUUUAAGAAUUUACGGAAACCAUCACAAAGUAACAGAAUAAUUACCAUCCCACUUCUAUUUUUGAACAGUUUGAGAGGUCACAAACUAUUGCAGUAAGUUUCUUUUCAAAUAGUGAACUGCAUUAAGUCUCAUAAUUGCACUCAGUUCAGUUUGGUUUUAAUUCUCAGGAUUUAUGGAGUGCACUGACUUUCAGGUGCCUGCUCUUUCUCACUUCAUCUGCCAGCUUGUCAACACCAACCACUUUUCACCUUAACAUUUGGAACUAAUGACAGAAUAUUUUCCAAAUUUUCAUUUAUACACUUUCUUCAGAAAUGCCUGUUUAUCCUACUAGGUGCACUGACAUAUCACUUCAGUAAUUCCAGAACUUAAAAAUUACUAUUUUCAGCCCACUUCCUGACUGUAGUACUCUAUAUAGUAGCAUAUAAAAGACCCCUAUUAAGUUGCCCUAGGUUUGUCUCUGCACCUUCAGUUGAUACUAGAUUUUUCAGGGUGUCAGCUGUAUCAGCAUGUUUGACACUUAGAAAGGAGUCGACAGAUGAAGCAUGUCCUGAGCUUUCUUUUACCCUGAAAUCAGAUAUAUCCACUCAAGAUCAUUCUGGUGCAACUGUGGAAAGCAGUGGGACUAUUCCUGCUGAAGGUGAACAGAUUAAAAGCAGUGACAGGUAUAAAAAAACAAAAAAAGGAAGGGAUUUUAAAAAUUGGAUUGUUGCAUAUGAUUUCCUAUUUAGAACAUGGAUUUCUCUUAGAGCUGGCUGGCAUUCUUCUUUUGAUCUCAAACACAAUUUACCAUAUUUUUAGCAAAUCAAAGACUACAUUCUUUUAAAAAGUUACUAACAUUUCAUUGAGUACAUUUUAUUAUAUAAAGUGAACUUUUGCAAAAUGUUGCAUUCCUUUUUUUUUAUUUCUAAAUUAUAAUUUUAAAAGAAUUUAAGCUGUAAAUAUUUCUACAAACAUUAAACUGUCACCUUAGUAACUAAAUAAUGUGUCUACCAGACUUCAGGUUUAAUUUCUUGUCACCAGACUGAGUUUCUACCUAAAAUCAAGGUGCUGAGGCGAGACCACCCCAUAUUCUUGAUCACAAACUUAUGUUAACAAUAACCAUCAUUGUAUCACUGAAAGUGAAAUACUGAUAGAAUGUAUUUUAAUAUCUAAAUAAGCAAUGACAUUGAAAAACAUUUUCAGAAAAAAACAUAUUGAUGGAAACUUGAUUUUUUUUCUGACUGUGAGGUAAAGAAUUUUUAAUGAAGGUAAAACUUAAUGGCAUAUGGUUGGAAUGUUGCCUAUGUUCCACGACCAUGUUGUUAAAUUCACACUAAAGACACUUGAGAAUUUGAAUCUGGAAUUAACCACUAGAAUUGUGUAUUUAUUUGUGGUAUUUUAUAUUUAAAUAUAAUAGGCUAAUGUUGUUGGAUUUUGAGCUCUGUUAGAGUCAGCCAAUGAAGAACAUUAUGUAAUCCAGUGAAUAAAGUCACUAAAAUUAAUUUAAUGCAGUUUGCACUAAAAUCUUGAUUUGAAUACAAAUAGCAAACCUAUUUAUUGUAAUUUAAGGCAUUUUUCUUUUUUGUAUUUAUCCCAAUUUUUAUAUUUUAUGUUCAGUAAAUUUGUAUACACUUUAUGAUAUACAAUAUAUUUUCUACUUAUUUCUUAACUAUUCAAAGUAAUUUGGACAGUUUAAAUAAAAAUACAAAAAUGUUAUUUCUAUUAAAAAAAAUGUUUUUGCCAAACUCUGUAUAGUUCCCAGUUGGUUUGUGAGCACUGCUCACCCCUUGAAAUGAAGGAUAGAGUGGGCAUAUUUUGCCAAGGGAGACUUUGUUCGCUAAUUGAGAAACUCACUGUGAAGUAUUUGUGACCUUUCAGAGAUUCCACAGUCCAGGUGAGGGAAUAUUCUCAGCGUGACCUAUAGUAAAAUUAAAGAUUUUCAGUACUGCUGGAGAAACAUGUUACAGAAUUUCCUCAAAAUUGUGAUAUUUCCAGUCUCUCUAGCUGCUUGAAAACAACUCCAAAAUCCUAUUUGUUGCAUAAAUAUUGCAAAUGUUGGCCUCAAUGUGAGAUUUCCAGAAAAAUCAAGAGUGUUCAGUGAACACCUUCUAGCUUGUGGUAAUGCUACUUGGCACAUGGAAACAGGGCAGAAUUUGCUUGUUGAAUUCAGUUCAGUCUAAGUUGGUUGGUGGAUGACUAGAGGUCAUUUGUGAUUUUGAAUAAAAUUCUACUGCUUUUAAGAACUGUAUAUAAAGGUUGGUUAAUAGGAAAAAAAUUCAAAUUAAACUGCUGUGGAAGAACAUGUGGGAUCCAGAGGAUACUUAAUUAGUUUGUACAGUGGAGAUUAGCCUCCAAUGGUGUCUUUUGGAUUUUGGAUGAUGACAAUCAGACUGUCAUCCGAGAAUCAAAAGAAAUACUGCCCAGCACACUUUGAAUGCACUCUCAAGCCAUAUGAAUAUUGCUUUAAUCAGAAUGUCUUCAUUUGCAUUUUUAUUUUCUCAAUAAGUUUAUUUAGUACUUUGUAAAGGACAUGACUGGUACAUGUUUUGCUAGCAAUAUAUAUAUGAAUGUGUAUUUUUUAAGAUAUUUUUUGUACUGCUAAAUUUAUACCCCCUAAUGAAAUCCUAUUGGAGUAUGAAUCAAGUUGAGACAGAUUAAAUAUUAAGAUCUGCCCUCAGCAAAAUAGAAGAUGCUACAUUUCAUAAUACGGUGACUUCGGUAGUUCACAUUAUAUAGUGUAACUCUACUGUGAUCAAUUCUAAGCAAAAACAAUCCUAAGUGUAAAUCUAGGUUAAGUAAUUUUCUAGAUUUGUUUGCGAUAACAAUGUAAUUAGGGAGAAGAAUGCUUUAAAUUCUGCCUUUUUCCAUUAGUGUAGAUAACUCACCUUGUCUCUUUGUAAAGAUUAUGUUGUAAAGGAUGUUUAUAGUAAGCCAGAUAUACGCUUUAAUUAAAGGAUAUCUCACCAGUCAUUAUUUGAAAGAUAUCACUGCAUAAGUAGAGUAAAUCUUUGUCACUCUGAGCUUAUAAAAAAAUUGUUGAUUUGUUUAUUCAUUAUGUUUUCCUAAGUUGUACUAAUUAGUACUGUUAACCAUGUGAUUGGCAGCUGUAACAUUCGGUCACACAGUGAUGUGGUCAACGUGUUGCUGUGGUACAGAAAAGGACAAAUGCCCCACCUUAAAACUGUUAAGUUUGAAAUGAAAGAAACAUUGUGUGAUAUCUAUUUUGCAUUCUCUAACCUGUUUAGAGUUGAUUUUAGAAAAUUGGGAUUGGAUCUGAUCAGAAUUGAUCUGAUGUUGGCUCUGUUUCAAUGAAACAAUGACCAUUGUUGACGGAAAGUAAAUUAGCUAAUAGUCUAAAACAUAUAAUUGCCAACUGUGGAAUUAUCCUAAAGUCUACAGGAAAUGAAAGUGUCCUCCUGCUGAUAACAACACAGUCAAAAAGGGAGCCUCAGGUCCUUUUUAAUUUUCUUUAAACAUAUUUUUUUAAUUGGAGAUGAAGACUGUUUGUCAGGAUAGGGUACGACAGGGCAAAGGAAGUAAGGCUGUGAUUGGGCAUUUGAAAUCAUGCAUUGAUGCUUCUGAAAAUACAUCCAGAGUUGGUAUUCCUAAUGUGCAUGCCAGUUCCCCGUGGUUUAAACAGGAACUUCAUUUGACAAUGAUGAAUUCAAGUUAUUAUAAUGUGUAUUUUUAAGAGGUUAACUAUUGAAAAUCGCGCAGAGAAUCAAACGAAUAACUGACGUGUAGGGAGCCCAUGUCUUACAAGAAUUCAGAUACCACAUGCUCAGAAUUUAGACAAAAGGUGUCAAUGUAAGCUAAGAGAAUUUCAGAUUCCAUCUAUCUCAUUUGAAAGUUCCAAAAACACCAUUGCUAAAUGCACAAUAGCACUGGAAUUAUAUAUGUGCAAUUGGUUCCUUUUUGAAAUUACACUUUAUUUUUGUUUGCCACCAAUUUUCCUGUUUUAUUACCAUUUGAUUAUUGGUGUAUUUUGUCAUUUUUAGAUAGAAAAGUAAGUGAGUGGCCAUGAUUGAUGAAUAUCAGGGUAAGAUGAGUUGAAAGUUAUUUGUAUUCUUAAUAUUUUAAAAAAUUUGUAACUUUUUAUAUUGGGCCCAGUUUUAAUUUUGUACAAUUGGAUCAGCUUUGAGUAGAUUGCAAUCAAACACAUUGAAUCUAAAUUGAGGUGCCAGUUGACACACAAUUGCAGUUCAUAAUUAAGCUCCCACUCUCCAUGAUCACUUGUGUAUUUACAGUGUCCUAAGGCAACACGCUACAUCUUGUGAAAUGUUAACCUGAUAGAAUUGAUACAGAAAUUUAUUCCAUUGUGUUAACCUCCAUAAACCCAACAAUAUGUGGAUAUCUGGUCCCUUUCUAUAGUCAUUGGUGAACAUUAUUCAGUUAGAGCAAUACAGGUUUAGUUUAUGGUAAAAAGUAAAUACAUGUUAGGACAUCUUUGCACUUUGAGUUUAAUAUGUGAGAUGUCACUUCAAAUUGAAUAUUUGACACAGUACUGCAUGGAGAGUAUUUAUUUGGCCUUAAGCAAUAGAUGCAGCAUAAACAUAUGUGAUAGUAAUCUAUGGAUCACUUUUAUUGAGGGAACUUUAUGUUUAGCAGUGAUUAAAUAAGGACUAAAGGCUGCCUUUUAUAUACAAAUAUCACGUUUGUCACUAAAAGGUUGUGUUAAAAAACUGACUUAGUUUGCAGAUUUUUUUUAAAUACAGCCUCUCAACAAAUGUCUUAAAUGUUAUGGUAUUUUCUAGAAGGUUCUUGUCUCCUGAUAAAGUGCUGUCCUUUCUGGGAUCCUUCUGAACCAAAAUAUGUUUGCAUUUUUCAAGAAAAGUUGUGUUUCAAUGUUGAAAUGUAUUUUGCAUCAUUGUUUGAUAAAGCAGUUAGUUAUGCAUAUUCA